AUGGCGGCCUCACGCGCGCUCCUCCCCAGCCCGCAGGCGAGCGCGAGCCCCGCUCGGGCGCGGGCCCGCCUGGCCGUGCCGUCCUCGCUCAUCACGCUCGCAGCGCGCGGCGGGGCCAAGGCCAACAGCACGCGGCUCCGCGUCCGGUGCGCGGUCCUGUCGUCGCCUGCGCCCGUGGCGCCCUCGGAGUCGAAGCCGGCGCACCGGAUCUCGCGGUCCGGUUCCGACGGCGCGCUGCGGCCCAAGCCGGCGGUGCUGGUGGCCGAGAAGCUGAGCGAGGCCGGCCUGGCCGUCCUGCGGGAGUUCGCGGACCUGGAGUGCGCCUACGGCAUGUCCCCGGCCGAGCUCCUCGCGAAGGUGUCCCAGUUCGACGCGCUCAUCGUGCGCAGCGGCACCAAGGUGACGCGGGAGGUGCUGGAGGCGGGGAGGGGCCGGCUGCGGGUGGUGGGCCGCGCGGGCGUCGGGAUCGACAACGUCGACCUCCAGGCCGCCACGGAGGUCGGGUGCCUCGUCGUCAACGCGCCCACGGCCAACACCGUCGCCGCCGCCGAGCACGGCAUCGCGCUGCUCGCCUCCAUGGCGCGCAACGUCUCGCAGGCGGACGCGGCGCUCAAGGCCGGUAAAUGGCAAAGAAACAAGUACGUGGGGGUUUCUCUGGUGGAAAAGACUCUGUCCAUCAUGGGCUUCGGGAAGGUUGGCUCAGAGGUAGCGAGGCGAGCGAAAGGGCUCGGGAUGCAUGUGAUAGCUCAUGAUCCCUAUGCCCCUGCUGAUCGAGCCCGUGCCCUCGGAGUAGAGCUGGUAUCUUUCGACGAGGCCAUCGCAAGAGCCGAUUUCAUCUCCCUCCACAUGCCACUGAUACCGACAACAUCCAAGAUCUUCAACGACGAGUCCUUCGCAAAGAUGAAGACUGGUGUCCGGAUCAUCAAUGUGGCCAGGGGUGGAGUGAUCGAUGAAGAUGCUCUAGUGAGGGCCCUUGACUCUGGCAAAGUUGCUCAGGCGGCUCUUGAUGUCUUCACCGUGGAGCCCCCACCGAAGGACAGCAAGCUGGUGUUGCAUGAGAACGUGACUGUAACACCCCACCUUGGAGCAAGUACUGUCGAGGCUCAGGAAGGCGUCGCUAUCGAGAUUACGGAAGCCGUGGUUGGUGCGUUGAGAGGGGAGCUCGCAGCAACAGCUGUGAAUGCGCCCAUGGUCCCAGCUGAGAUCAUGUCAGAGCUGGCUCCAUAUGUUUCUCUGGCUGAGAAGCUCGGGAGGCUGGCGGUGCAGCUCGUGGCCGGCGAGAGCGGCAUCAAGGGCGUGAAGGUGGUGUACACCACAGCCCGUGGCCCCGACGACCUGGACACUCGGCUCCUCCGCGCGAUGGUGACCAAGGGCCUGGUGGAGCCCGUGUCCAGCACAUUCGUGAACCUGGUGAACGCAGACUACACGGCGAAGCAGCGCGGCCUCCGCAUCACGGAGGAGCGCGUCGCGCACGACAGCCCGGCAGCGGAGGCACCGCUGGAGUCCGUCCAGGUUCGCCUCUCGAAUGUGCAGUCCAAGUUUGCGGGUGCGAUCAGCGACGGCGGGGACAUCGUCCUGGAGGGCCGGGUCAAGUACGGCGUGCCGCACCUCACCCUCGUGGGACCCUAUGAGGUGGACGUCAGCCUGGAGGGCAACCUGAUCCUGUGCCGGCAGAUCGACCAGCCCGGGAUGAUCGGCAAGGUCGGGAACAUCCUCGGCCAGAGGAACGUCAACAUCAGCUUCAUGAGCGUCGGCCGGACGUUCCGUGGCAAGCAGGCGAUCAUGGCCAUCGGCGUUGACGAGGAGCCUGACAAGGAGACGCUGGAGAAAAUUGGGGCCAUUCCGGCGAUCGAGGAGUUCGUUUUCCUCGAGCUAUGA